GUAUUGGUCUUUGUAACAAUGGACGGAAAUGAGGAUAAAGCAGAAGUCCUAGUUCAAGGCCUAGACUUGCGCCGGGCAAACUUUAGGACGCCGUUGCUGUCGUACUUUGAAAGAAACGAAAUUUCACUAUGCUGUGAGCCGACUGUGAGGCAAGACGGGUUGGUUUCGGUAGAAAUUUGCGGUAACGAAUGGCAAUCGGCUUCUGACAGUGCGAGAUUGCUGACUAGUCAAGCAAAUCAUAACAUCGAUAAUGACGUGGUAUCGUUUUCUUUGGUCCAACAGUCUCAAUACUCCAGCAGAGUCGCCAGUCAGCAAGACACUAGUAGUUCAACGGCUACAACUAUUGGUAGAGGAACGGAUAGAGGAAUAGCGAGAGGACGUGGGCGUGGGCGUGGGCGCGGAAGUGGACGUGGUGGUGUUGGGCGUGGUAUGUGGGGAAACACCCAAGUUGGAAACCCCAACAUCCAAUCUAAUAUUUCUCCCGUACCGCAUCGUUCAACUGUGAGGCCACCGAUGUCAACAAUGCAUUCUCUACCAGGCCACGCUGUCAGACCUCCGUACACUAACGAGGGUCCUUCAUUCAGUGAAGAAUCGCAUUUGCCUAGUUUGCCCUACCCUUUGAUUCCGAUGUGGUCACAAGACGUUGGUGCAACUUCUCUACCUGCAGUAGCGCGAGAUGCGAAUACAUUUGGUAGGAAACCGCUAGGAGUAUUCAAAUCAGAAUUUGACAAAACUCGUGAACCGAUGAUGGAAGACACAUCAGCUACCGACACGUUUCCUUCUUCUGACUCCAUAAGUCCUACUGAAGGUAUAGACGUUAUUACAGUCAAGGCUCUUCCUCAAGGUGCUACUCGUCAAGGCCUAACAGACGCAGUUAAAUCAGCAGUCAAAAAUGCAAACUCGAACGAUACUUGUGAAGUCAAGGUUGUGGAAUGGUCAAACAGAUCAGCAAAAGUUCACUUGAGCGAUAUGAAAGCUGUUACUGCGUUGUGGCGAGUAAGACACAAACCGUCACCGUCUAUACAGUAUGAUGGUCAACGGCUUUCCUGGGACUUAGCUGUGCCAGAGAAGUAUGAAGAAGACCGCAUCUUAGUAGAAGGAUUACCUCCAGAAAUGAACGAAAAUGAUCUAAAAAUGCACCUUAAUGACAGGGACUGUAUUCUUAGGACAGAAAGCCUCAAAUUCACGACUGCGAUUCAAAAAGACAAGUCAAAGGCUGUCAUAAAUCUUUAUGAUAAUGUUGCAGAUUUACAUUUUGUGGAAAGUUUGAACAAGACUUCGUCAUUUUACGAGGGAAGAGAAACCGCAAAACUUUCGUAUCAUCUAAUUCCCAGUUCACGGUCUUUGCUUGUUCAAGAACUAAAUGCAAAUGUCCACAAGGGUGGUCUGCGGAGUUACUUCAACAAUAUUUCACUUGAAGGCAUGAAUAGAUCUCUGCUAAUUGAUGACAUUGAGAUGAGGGAAGGUGGAUCGGCCGUGGUGAAACUCAGAACUUGUGAAGACUGCAUGGCUGUGAUGAGUUUGUCAGCAAUGCCUCCGAUUGCGCAAGAAGGUAAACGCCCAACUGUAUGCAUCUUGUCAGAGUAUACAUGUUCUACUGCAGACAGCGCACUUUCAGACGACAAAUCUAUUGCAGCUUCCAAAGUUGAAGAAACUGAAAUUGUUGUUACCAUUCCUGUUAAAGAUGCGGCCGUGACAAAUUUUAUUUGGAACAGCAACAAACACCGGCAACGCUUGAUGAGCCACCUUGAUUGCGAAGAUUGUAAUUUUGAUGGUUCGAAUUUGUCAAUAUUAAAACCCAAAUUUAGUGUUGAUGAGCUUCAGAAAAAGUUUCAAGACUUUACCGGCCGUUUUUUAUGCAAAAGACUGCUGAUUUCGGAAAAUAGUCUUUGGCAGAAAUCGGUAAAAUUUGUCAGGGACGAACGUAAUGCUUGCUCUGCUGAAGUCGAGAUAGUGGAAAGAGAAGAGAAGUUAGAAAUAGAAUUUGUUGGUCCAGAAGGCGAGGUAACACCGUUCCAUCAUCGUUGUGCCGAUCGUAUUAGUUUGUGGAGAAUGGAAUUGGAAGAAGCAAAUGCUGAGACCAAAGAAACAAUUUCCUUGCCUUCAUUGUCCCAUACCCGUAUACUAGAACGCACCUCAUUCUACCAAGAGAAACAAGAAGCUUUGCAGAUUAAGAUCGAAUCUGUUGGCAGCAAAGCUAGUGUGUCUUUGCAAGGUCCGCGCAAUCUUGCCAUAAGUUGCAAAGACGAGAUGGUGAAAAUAAUAGAAUCAAUGACAGAAACACAAGUGACUAUAGAUGAGAAAAUCGCCAAUUUCUUACAGUUCACAGGUAUUGAUAAGCUCAACGCACUCAUGGAAGACUCUCAAGUUUUCGCUUUAUGCACACACGUAGACCAAACGUUCUUGCGUAUUGUCGGUUUGCCCGAAGCUACGAGUGCUGCUACAGAUUUGAUCAGAAAAACCUAUUCUUGCCAACAAGUGAGGGGAAUGGAAGAUAGAGAGGUGCAGGCCUUUAUACGAACUGACGAAUACAACCAAUUUGUAACAUCAAUGACAACUAAUGAAUCGGUGAUGGUAGAUCCUCUCUGCGAGGAAAUCAAAGAGUCGGCUGCACCUGUAACCAUCACAAUCGUCGGAGAAACGUCUGUCGUUCAAACCUCAACUAAAGAGCUUGAAGACUUUCUUCUGAAUGGUGUAGUGUUUACCGAUCGAGUUGAGCUCGAUCACCCCGGACUUGCUAAAUAUCUCACUUUGUAUAAAGCAGAUGAUCUGAUACGAUUAAAGGCACGACUCAGAGAAUUUAAACCUGAAAUUGAUGUGAGGGUAAGAGAAGAAGUAGUCGUAGUGCGAUCAACAAAGUCAGGGUUAGACAAGCUAAAAGAUGAAAUAAAACGAUUCGUUGACGCAAUCGUAUCCGAAGAGUUUGAAAUCAAGCGUCAUGGCUUAGUAAGAUUUCUGAACAGUGCUGCGUUUAGACAAGAACGUUCUCAAAUUGAAAAGAAACACAAAGCGCUGUUAUGGAUGGAUGGAGACGAAGAAGAAGAGAGCAUAGAAACAGAAACCAUUUCUGGUCGCAGGUUUGCUGCCAGUGGCGGAAUGACUAAACUAUUGAUGGAAUACAAAGUACCCAAUAGCGGCAAGGUUAUGGCGCUCUACACGGGAGAUCUUUGUAGUCACAAUGCGGACGCCAUUGUGAAUGCAACGAAUGAGGAGUUGCAGGACGUCGAUGGACUAGCCAAAUACAUUGUUGAUCGCGCAGGAAGAUCAGUACAAGAUCAAUGUAGACGCUAUAUCCAAGAGCACGGUUCAUUACCUACUGGUGAGGCUAUGGUUACCGACUCCGGUCGUCUUACUACAACCAAGCAUAUUAUUCACACGGUAGGUCCUAGAUGGCCAUCCCAGAUUCGUGAUACGGUUGCAACAAAAAAAGUUGAAAAACUACUGCAAAACGCAGUUAAAUCGUCGUUAGUGCUAGCAACUAGUUUAAAAUGCAAGAAGGUUGCAUUUCCGGCGAUAAGCACCAGUGUCUAUGGAUGUCCAAGUGAGGUUGUUGCAAAAAAUGUUGUGCAGUCUGUUACUGAAUACUUCAACGAGACGACAUCGAGUACGAUUACUCAAGUUCACGUCGUUUUGCUGGACACAGAUACGGACAAUGUAAGAUGCUUCAAGGAAUGCAUGAAAAAGAGUCUCAAUCCUAUAGCAAAAGUCUCUCUUCGUGAGACUGUAGAUGUCGUUCGAGCUCCGUCGAUAGACGUUGUGUAUAGGUCUGAAACGAGUUGGAGAAAAGAACACGUCGAAACAGCUCGUUCGUUUACAGGCGCGUUUCAAGUGUCUAUCAAACCUGGAGACAUUACUGGCGAACGGAGCGACGUCAUUGUCAACUCUACAAACAGUGAUAUGAACAUGAACUCAGCUUUAGCUUCAAAGAAAAUUUCUGAAAAAGCUGGUCCUGGUCUUCAAAGUGAGUGUGCAGAUUAUGUCAGUGACAAUGGACCAUUGGCUGUAGGAAGUGUCUACACGAGCGGAGGAUACAACUUGUUUUGUCGACAUGUUAUUCAUCUCAGCUGUCCAAACAAUGCCAAGGGUCUUUCCAAGGCCGUGAAGAAUUGUCUGACUGAGGCCAAUGAAAUAGAUGCUACGUCCGUGUCUUUCCCUGCUCUUGGAACGGGCAGAAUGGGGAUGGCUGAUGAUGCUGCUGCUAAAGCAAUAUUUGAUGGUAUUGAAAUGUUUGCAGCAAACGGACCGUCAUCAGUUCGUCAAGUCAAUCUGGUCAUUUAUGAUAAGCCAAAAAUCCCCGUAUUUACUAAAGAGAAAAUGAGACGAGAAGGAGCGAUGACCGACAAAGGUGAUGUUGAAGUGACGACUCCUGCGGUUGCUGGCACUCGCUUUCUUAACGGGACCACAUUAUCUGUAGAGCAAGGAGACAUUACAAGUGACGCGUCUGACGUCAUAGUGGCUCCUACUGGAGUUGUACUUUCUGCAGUUGCUCGAAAGUCUCCACGAACUAAACCGAAUUUUUCUGCACGCCAACCAAAUCCUGUAGUAGAUCUCGCUGCUGGAGGUCAGCUCGUUUGCAGCCGUGUUUAUGCAAUUUCUGUUCCUAAUCGAUCUCCCUUAGCUAGCGAUGACGAGUGCAUUCAAACCAUUCAAUCUGUAGUGAGCCAAUGUCUCAAUUUAGCCAACUCUGCUGGAUAUUCAUCGAUAGCUAUUCCAGCAAUCGGCACUGGACUUCUUGGCUAUGACAACAAGCACACCGCAGCUGCAGUUAUUGAAGCGUGCAAGACGUUUGCUGCUAAACAUUCGGCACCCAACCUCACGUCAGUCAAAAUUAGCGUGUUCGAUGCUCAUCGAAUUGGUGACUUUCAGAGUGAGGUUCAGAAACGCAGUGUACAAAAGUCGGGAGGAUGGUUUCAAAUAAUAAGAUCUGUAGGGACGUCCCUAGUAAGCAAUUUCUUUAGUAGCAUGCUACAACCGUCCAAACCCAAACCUACAAGAAAGCGACUUAAGAGCUUUUCUGCCGGAGAGGCUAAUUCUGUUGCUUUCACGGUAAUUGCUGACACUCGCAGUACCUGCAAAAAUGUGCGGCAAGACGUAAAUGACGUUGUCGUCCGCUUCUGCAUUAACAGCGACGAAGUUAUUGAAAGAGUGCCCCGAUCAUUUGAAGACGAGCUUAUAGGGUUCGCUGCUAAAUCGGAAGUAGCUUUACAGUUUGCUGUACAAGAUGACAAGGAAGGUACUGCGAAACUGACGUUUUCUGGAUUUACAGAAGAUGUUGAAAAAGUAAAAACCGAAGUUUUCCGUCGCUAUAGCAAAGCUCUAACAAAUGUGGCUGACACAGCUGUAAAGCAAAAAAUUAUAGGAACUGUUCGGUGGUCUUGGGAGGACGAUGAUGGCACAUUUAAGGAAUACUCGCCAGAAGUGACCGUCAAAUUGGAAAGGGCACUGGACGAGGAAGACAAGGUUGUGAAAGUUGACGUAAAAAGUAUAACUUAUGAAGUGGACGUUUCUACAAUGAUCCAAAAAGGGAAAGGUAGAAAAUCAAGAAAAGUUAAAAGAGAACAGAGGAAUCAAGAGAGUAGUAUAGGACUUCCAUCAUCUUGGGUCGAUCCGACAGGCGGCGAUCAUGACUAUUCUUUGCAUAAGCACAAACUCGCACCAAGUGAUCCAGAAUUUAAAGCAGUCAGUAAAUUGUUCACAUCUACAGGUGGUGCUGGAAAAAUUACGAGCAUAAACCGUAUUCAGAAUCCCAAGCUAUACAAAAGCUACAUUCGAGAAAAACAACACAUUGCGAAAAAACGCAACAACGAAAUUCAGUCGGGAGAAGCUAUUCUGAAAGUCCGAGGAUUCCACGGUACAAACGCACAAGCGAUUGAACACAUAGUCACUGCUGGCUUCAACAGGUCGUAUGCCGGAACUGCAGUUGGGAGAAGGUUUGGAGGCGGAGUCUACUUUUCAACGACCGCCAAGUACUCGAGUGGUUACUGUUCAGCAGAUACAAACAAUGUAAAAAUGAUGCUUUACUGUGACGUAUUGCUGGGGAUGUCUACAGUUGGAAAUCCAUCAAUGGUGGAACCUCCUACUAUUAAUCCAUCGGUUAGCAUGACGGACAGGUAUGACUCAACGGUAGACGACGUGGCAAAUCCUUCAAUGUAUGUCAGCUGUUACAGAGACAACAUGGCUUAUCCAACUUAUGUUAUAACAUUUGUGUAGUUUAAUAUGUCGACUAGCUUACAUUGCCAGUUGCUUGGAGACGUAAACUCGCGGAGCUAGAAGUGCUGCUGUUUCUGUUUGGUUUCAUUUACCGUUGCAGGUUUUACUCAAGUAUGUUAAAAGAGGUAUACUUAUUAAGUGUCGUAAGAAAUUUGUUGAAUUUUGA